AUGGUAUACCACAGCUCUAACAGAGCUGAGCCUUCUGUAAAGCGAACUAUCACUCUCGCUGACCUGAGUGGAUAUCAGAUCAAUGUCGUACUGUGGGGAGAGCACGCAAAGGCCUUUGAUGGAGAUGAUGUCAUGCAGAUAGGCCAAACUGGUCCAGUCAUUGCUCUAAUUGUUGGGACCCUGGUUAAAAACUAUGAAGGACGCAGGGGGGUUAGUGGUAGCGCAGCAUGCCGAUGGUACAUUAAUGAUGAUAUCUCUGACAUCACCCAAUUUCAUGAAAGCCUCCAAGGAAAGUUCUCUCCUGUAACGAAAAUUAUUCUUCCUGGUCAAACCGCAGAUGAGAAAAGUGCACAGAGCACACGUUUCUUCUGCUCGGUCACUCUGUCCAGGCUCAGUCCUGGUCAGCGUUGGUGGUUCAUGUCUUGUGAGAAGUGCCAUAAAACAGCACAGCGACAUGGCUCUGUCUACAGAUGCACUGACGAUUCAAGGGAGGCCGAGUUUAUUUUCUUCGACAGGGUUGGAAAAGAGAUUGUUGCUAAAUCUUUGAUCACUUUGCUACGUGAAGGGUAUUCCAAUCGUACAACCCUUGAAGAGAUUGUUGAAAUAGCACGUGGAGACCCAGGCAUCCCUAAAGACAUAUCCACUUUGAUUGGCAAGAAGUACAGAUUUGUGGUGUCUAUCUCUUCAAAGAGCUUUAUGCCUGAUGCCGAGGAGACAUCCUUCCAAGUUAUCAGCAUAGAUGUGCCUGUGGAAAAGACCUCGAGCUCUGCGGUUUUAUAUCGCAAGGCAGAUUCCUCUGGACCUUCUACUGGUGAUGUGGGGUGUCCUGGUUCUGGUGAUGUAUCACCCUUAGUGUUGCCCGUUGGAAGCUUCUCAACUGAUACUGGUGCCUUUUCUCUUCCUGCAUUACCUGUUGGAUCUGUCCCGGUCUUGCUCAUCUCCGGUGAUCUGUUUGCAAAGGUUGCUGUUGCUCUUGGCUCUCAAUCGACCCUUGCUUCCCCGCCGUCCGUCAAUAAAAGCGGCGGUGGCUUGAAGAAAGGCCUUUCUAAAACCGAACUAACGAAUGCUGACGUUCGCAAGCCUUUGUUCCCAGUUGACAAAUCUAAGGAAAAUGCAACGCUGGGCGAUGGUCCUGCUGUCCUAGGUGAAGAGGUGGACGGUACUACAAGCGAGGUGCCAUUGGCUGUUGAGGGCACCACCAUUCAAAAAAACAAAAACUCAAGGAGGGCCUGAGACCGAAGAGGUCAGGUGUUGUUGAGUGCUCGCCCUUUUGGACCUUAUCCUUUUGUUUGUGGAUGCGUGAAGAAAUGAUGAAAAUGCUUGAUGAAUCAACCACAAGAGGAGGAUGAAGCGCUUUUGGUUUAUCGCUGGGCUUUCUAAGUUGGUGCAAAUUUGCAUUGCCCUUAUUGUACAUUAUGUCUGCUCUACCUCAACCAUAUCAGGCAGUAAAUGUGACUGCAUCUGACUGAUACCCCUUGCCUAUUGUAGUCUAAGUAUGUGUGUAUCCUACCUCUAUGCUAUCAGUCAGGACAUGUCUGUAUAAGACUUGAGCUCAACUAUUAGUGUAUGCUAAGCCAUCUGCUAGCAACUGAACUAAAGAACCGUCAAUGUAAUAUCAUCAUGUGUGUACUUAAACAUGAUCGAUCAUGCACAUGUGACCUCUUAUGUAUUGAUCAUAUGUUAUCGAUUACUUCUGUUUAUGAUCGUUUGGUAAU